UUAAUGCCUCCAAACCAUACGCCGUGACGUCUCUCUCUCCGUACUGUGUUCGCUUUUUUCCUUCACUCAACCGAAUCUCCGAACGCGAUCUCCUCUCCUCCCCCGCCACCCCCUCCCCUUCCUCGUAUUUAUCCUCCCUCACGGACUCCAUCAGUCCCCCUGCACUACUGUCAUCUGAGCUACGUUAUAACCCUCCACACCACCCCCUUCUCUAAACUUCUUCCGUCUCUACUACGAGAGUGAGUGAGAGGAAGAGAGAUGGAUGUGAGCAAGAUAACGCUGGAGAUCUUCUCCAAGCUGGAGAAGAAGUGGUUAAUGGAGUGGGAGAGUACUGGAAACCUUUGGUCCUCUCCCAUUUCCACUGCCGACAAGAAGAAGGCCAGCAACAAGAAGACCCGCAUUUUGAGUAUCGACGGCGGAGGCGGCCUUAAAGGUCUUGCCGCUGGACAGGCGCUGAUCCACCUCGAGGAUUGCAUCAAAUCCGUGACGUCUAAUCCUCAUGCCUCCAUCCCUGACUACUUCGAUCUCGUCGCCGGCACCGGCAUUGGCGGCGUCCUCGCCGCCAUGCUCACCGCUGACGACGCCUCCGGUCGACCGCUCUUUUCCGCCCGCGCCGCCAUGGAGUAUCUCUGCUCCAAGCGCCGCCACCUCUUCCGUCCCUCUGGCAUCCUCAUCCGCCGCCGGAGGCGGCGCUUCUCCGGCCGCAGCUUCGAGGGUGUCCUCCGCGACGCCCUUUGUGGCCCCGAUGGCCGCGCUCUCACUCUAAAGAACACGUGCAAGCCUCUCCUUGUCCCUUGCUAUGAUCUCAACAGUAGUGCUCCCUUUGUCUUCUCCCGCGCCGACGCCGUCGAGUCGGCGAGCUUCGACUUCGAGCUGUGGAGUGUUUGCCGGGCGACGGCCGCCACACCGGGGUUGUUCUCGCCGUGCAAGCUCGCGUCGGUGGAUGGGAAAACGGCGUGCGUCGCUGUCGACGGGGGGCUUGUGAUGAACAACCCCGCCGCCGCCGCCGUCACCCACGUGCUCCACAACAAGCGGGACUUCCCCGCCGUCGCCGGCGUCGAGGACCUCCUCCUCCUCUCCCUCGGCGGCGGACCGCCGCCUCGCCAGCGGGCGGCGGCGGCCGGUGAGUGCUCGGAGCGGGCGGUCAUGGAGAUCGUGCUCGACGGAGUGUCCGAGACCGUUGAUCAACUUCUCGCCAACGCCUUUUGCUGGAAUCCAACGGAUUACAUCCGGAUUCAGGCUAACGGCUGGGAGACAGAGAGGGAGGAGGACGGGGAGGACGCGGAGGGGCUGAGGGCCGGAGAGUGGAUGCUGAAGGAGAGGGGGGUGGAGUCGUUGCCGUUUGGAGGGAAGCGGUUGCUGACGGAGUCUAACGGCGAACGCAUCGAGGUUUUGGUGCAUCGGCUCGUUGCGUGCGGCUUCGCAAGCGAUGACCCCCUGCCACCCUUCAAGGAAACUGCCGUUAGAAAGCUGUCAGAUGGCCGUUAAUUUUAGUUAGUCUUCUUUUUUUCCUUUUUUUUUUUCCCCCUCUGCUUUUUGCUAGCUCAGUAGUCAGAUGAGGAGUUUGUAUUAGAAACUCUAAUCAACUGAUGAUAGAAGCUAGUUUAACCAAAUAAGAAUCUUUUUCUUCUUUAAUUGUAGUAGUUAAAUAAGAAAAUUAACUGUUACCUUCUUUAAUGUUGAUGCCUUUUGGAGAGGGUGAAUUUACUGAAUAUUAAAUCAUAGUACUCCCUCCUUUUCCG